UCGGCGCGCGCUCACUUCCUACAUAGUUGAAUAAGUAGCUGAGAGAAGUGCGCGUGCUGCUUGCAGACGGAUCCGCUCGGUGCUCGCGCUGCUGGGAUUAACGAGCUGAAAGAAGCGGAGUAUGUUCGGAGAUUGCUGAAGUAGAUCCGGUAGAUCUGAGUGCUCCAUCCAUCCAGCAUGCAGAGCAUCAAGUGUGUGGUUGUGGGAGAUGGUGCAGUGGGGAAAACCUGCCUGCUCAUCUCUUACACCACUGGCGCUUUCCCCAAAGAGUACAUCCCCACUGUGUUCGACAACUACAGCUCUCAAGUGAGUGUGGACGGCCGGACAAUCAGCCUCAACCUGUGGGACACGGCGGGGCAAGAGGAAUACGACCGGCUGCGCACGCUGUCUUACCCCCAGACCAACGUGUUUGUCAUCUGCUUCUCCAUCUCCAGCCCACCCUCCUAUGAGAACGUCAAGCAUAAGUGGCAUCCUGAGGUGACGCACCACUGCCCCAACGUGCCUAUCCUCCUUGUGGGCACCAAGAGCGACCUGCGCAACGACCCUGAGGUGCAGAAGAAGCUGAAGGAUCAGAACCAGGCGCCCAUAACGGUGCAGCAGGGCCAAGCGCUCGCCCGCCACAUCCAUGCGGUCAAGUACAUGGAGUGCUCGGCGCUCAGCCAGGACGGCAUCAAGGACGUGUUCGCCGAGGCUGUUCGCGCUUUCCUCAACCCUCAGCCUGCUUCGCCCAAAAGACACUGCGUGCUCCUCUGAAAAUGAAAACCUGAGAAAUCUGCCGAGAGUUUGAUAAUAUUAUAAUAAGAAAUGUAUAAAGAGAAGAGAAUCAGUCUUUUGGAAACAGAUUGCAGUUGGAGUCAGGAGUCAGUUGGCUGGUGCUUGUUAUUUACAGGCUGUGAAAAUGGUAAUUAAUACUGUACACCACGGACAAACGGACAGGGAACGAGCACGUCAGUCAAAUUUGAAGGACGUUCAAAAGCGCGCUUUUUUGGGGGGGGGGCAUUCUUAAUCACAUAAUGAUAUUUUUGAGCACGGAGGACACAUGAUUGUGGAUUUUAUGACCUCUUCUUCAAAGGUUCAUGCCUCAUUUGAAAGAAAUUUACACAGUUUUCCCUUCACCACAAGUGUAGUAACGUCAUGGCAUGUCACGAUGACGAUUUCAUCUGACGAUUAAUCGUCUUUUGUUAACCUUCUACCACUCGUAAGAUUAGCAGCAGUGUAAUUAUGAACGUAUACAGCAAAGAUAUAUUUCUGACUAUAAAAAAUCCAGAAGGAAAACACAGCGCACGCACACAAAUAAAACUAUCAUUAAAUCCACAAAUGCACUAUAACAAUUAUGUGAAUAAUGAUGUACUAGUAUAUACUAAUGUACUAAAUCUUUUAUAUAUCGACAGCAUGUUUGUGCUAAAUCUACUAAAUAAUGUUAAUUAUGAAUAGUUUAAAUCUUAAUGCGUUUAACUGGGUGAUUUAAUGUAUGUGCAUUUAUAUCUCAAAUAAUCCUAAUUAGCAUGAAUAAUUAGUGAUUAUGAAGUUAGUAAGGUAUAAAACAGGACAUGGCAUGCUGUUGUAAUAAUGAAUGACGGGUUAAUUGCUUUCCUCUAACAGCAUGUCAUGAAAUGUCUUAUUCCUCUUAUACCAAGAGAUUUUUUUUUUUUUUAAUCAAAGAGCGACAUGUGAUACUUGCUAUUAUUAUAUACAUGCUUUCUCUCUCUGUUAAUAAGACGACACCUUUUAAGCUUGCCAUGUUACCGAGAACGCGGAAAGAGCUAACGCGUCUGUCCUGAAAUGUUUCCUGUGACAGAAACUGUAAAAUUAAAGCUUUACCUUUUGACGGUUUUAAAGUGCUGACACUGGAGACUCCUUCCAGAAAUACUAAAUAAACAUCUCCUUGAUUACACAUCUUAAAAAAAAAAAAAACAACAAAAACUACAUAGAUCGUCUGCUAUACAAGGCUGUGUAAGUUGAUACUAGAGAAAAUAUAGCAUUAAGAAUAGAAUUAAUUUAAUACAAACCUUAUUAAACAAAAUUAAUCAACACCUUCUGACCAAUCAGAAUUGAGCAUUCAGUAUUAGAUACGGUUAAACAGGGAUUUAUUCUAUACACAUUUGCUGGAUAUGAGCAGUCACAUGCUGUGAUUGGCUACUCUGCUACUAGGCUAUCAGUUCAUAUACCGUGAAUAGAGAAAACCAAAAUGGCGGUGCACGUUGCUGAAGCAACCGAGUACAAAAUAAAAACUCUACUCGGGGAAAACCCCCCCCCC